GCGGCGCGGAGGGGCGCGGAGCCGGGAGGCUCGGGGCCCAGAGAGCGCCGCGGCCGGCAGCCCGCCGGCCCCUGACAGCCCCCUCCCCCCCGGCGGACGACGACGACGACGAGGGCGCCGGUCAUGGCGGAGCAGCGAACCGAGCGCGGGCCCUGAGCACCACCGCAUGGAGCGGGACGAACGGCCGCCUAGCGGAGGGGGAGGCGGCGGGGGCUCGGCGGGGUUCCUGGAGCCGCCCGCCGCGCUCCCUCCGCCACCGCGGAACGGUUUUUGUCAGGACGAAUUGGCAGAGCUUGACCCAAGCACUAUUUCUGUUCCAGAUGAUCGGGCUGAACAACGAACCUGUCUCAUUUGUGGGGACCGCGCCACAGGCUUGCACUAUGGAAUCAUCUCCUGUGAGGGGUGCAAAGGGUUUUUCAAGAGGAGCAUUUGCAACAAGCGGGUAUAUCGGUGCAGUCGUGACAAGAACUGUGUCAUGUCUCGGAAGCAGAGGAACAGGUGCCAGUACUGCCGCCUGCUCAAAUGCCUCCAGAUGGGGAUGAACCGGAAGGCAAUCAGAGAAGAUGGCAUGCCUGGAGGCCGGAAUAAGAGCAUUGGGCCAGUCCAGAUAUCAGAGGAAGAGAUCGAAAGGAUUAUGUCUGGGCAGGAAUUUGAGGAAGAGGCCAGUCACUGGAGCAACCAUGGUGACAGCGACCACAGUUCCCCUGGGAACAGGGCUUCAGAGAGCAACCAGCCCUCACCAGGCUCCACACUGUCCUCCAGGUCUGUGGAACUAAAUGGAUUCAUGGCAUUCAGGGAUCAAUACAUGGGGAUGUCUGUGCCUCCACACUAUCAAUAUAUACCGCACCUUUUUAGCUAUUCUGCCCACUCUCCACUUCUGCCCCCACAAGCUCGCAGCCUGGAUCCCCAGUCAUAUAGUCUGAUUCAUCAGCUGGUGUCAGCCGAGGACCUGGAGCCAUUGGGCACGCCCAUGUUGAUUGAAGAUGGAUAUGCUGUGACUCAAGCAGAGCUAUUUGCCCUGCUUUGCCGCCUGGCUGAUGAGCUGCUUUUUAGGCAGAUUGCCUGGAUCAAGAAACUGCCUUUCUUCUGCGAGCUCUCAAUCAAGGAUUACACGUGCCUCCUGAGCUCUACGUGGCAGGAAUUAAUCCUGCUGUCCUCCCUCACUGUUUACAGCAAGCAGAUCUUCGGGGAGCUGGCUGAUGUCACCGCCAAGUACUCACCCUCUGAUGAAGAACUACAUAGAUUUAGUGAUGAAGGGAUGGAGGUGAUUGAGCGGCUCAUCUACCUGUAUCACAAGUUCCAUCAGCUAAAAGUGAGCAAUGAGGAGUAUGCUUGCAUGAAAGCAAUUAACUUCCUAAAUCAAGAUAUCAGGGGUCUGACCAGUGCCUCGCAGCUGGAACAAUUGAACAAACGAUAUUGGUACAUUUGCCAGGAUUUCACUGAAUAUAAAUAUACACAUCAGCCAAACCGUUUUCCUGACCUCAUGAUGUGCUUACCUGAGAUUCGCUAUAUUGCAGGAAAGAUGGUGAAUGUACCCCUGGAGCAGCUGCCCCUCCUCUUUAAGGUGGUGCUGCAUUCCUGCAAGACAAGUGUGGGCAAGGAGUGACCUGUCCCCAGCACCCCUCCUCAGGCCAAUGGCAAGGCCUGGGGUGGGCAGGACAGGCUCCAGAAG